AUGUCCUACAAGCCCCCCACGGUCACGGCCGUGUCCGCCCCCGGAAAGGUCCUUCUGACCGGCGGGUACCUCGUCCUGGACCGCAGCUACACUGGUACCGUGUUCGCUCUCGAUGCUCGAAUCCAUGUCAUCGUCCAGCAGCUGAGAAGAUAUCAUCGGAAGGGUACGUCUGGGUCAGAACGCUUGAAACCAGAGGCACGUGCGGAAAUAACUGAAGGCAAGGCUGCAGAUGAGACCGCUGGCGAGGAUGUUAUCGUCGUUCGCUCCCCGCAAUUUGUUGAUGCCGUCUGGGAGUACGGUAUCCAGCGUUGCGACAACGGAGGCGGGGUCAAGGUCGUACAGAAGGGCAAUGGAGGACGUAAUACGUUUGUCGAAACCUCCCUCAACUACGCAUUGACGUACAUCAGCUACGUGGCCGCUUCGAAAGACUUUGGUUCGCUAUCCAUCACCAUUCUGGCCGACAAUGACUACUACUCCGAGACCGCCUUCUCCAAGAUCUGGGGCAUCCAAGCCCAGGGACGAUUCGUCAACUUCGGAGUUCCCCUUCACGAAGCACACAAGACCGGACUCGGCUCGUCCGCAGCCCUAACCACCGCUUUCGUAUCCGCCCUUGUCAUCCACCGCACCCUGCAGCCCGAUGACCUUGGUCCGGCUCGCGAUAAGCUUCACAAUCUGGCGCAGGCCGCUCACUGUGCAGCGCAGGGCAAGGUAGGUUCUGGGUUUGACGUGGCGGCUGCGAUCUAUGGCUCCUGUCUGUACCGGCGGUUUUCACCCUCCGUCUUGGAGUCAGUCGGAGACGCUGGGUCCCCGGGAUUUGAGGAACGACUCUUCGCAAUUGUGGAAGACGCCGACCCCAAACAUCCAUGGGACACCGAGUGCCUGGAUUUCGGCAUGAAGCUUCCCCGGGGCAUGCAGAUGGUCCUGUGCGACGUCGAGUGUGGUUCUCAGACCCCGUCCAUGGUCCGGAAGGUCUUGGAAUGGCGAAAGCAGGACCCGCAAGAUGCUGGCCGGCUGUGGCAGGCGCUCCAAUCCAAUAAUGAGCGACUGUGCUUGGAACUCAAGCAGCUGGCACAGAACCCAGAUAAAGAAGGCCCCAACAACUUUGACGAUGUUCGCACCCUCAUCGACCGCUCUCGCGACCUGAUCCGCACGAUGACCCAGAAGACUGGCGUUCCCAUCGAGCCCAAGGUGCAAACCGAACUGCUCGACGCCAUCUCCGGCAUCGAUGGUGUCAUUGGGGGUGUUGUUCCCGGUGCCGGUGGCUACGACGCCAUUGCAGUGCUCAUCCAGGACAAGGCGGAGGUGAUUCAGAGCUUGACCGAGUUCUUUGACACCUGGGAGAGCAAGGUGGAAGAUGACUUUGGUGGCAAAAUUGGAACUGUCCGACUCUUGGGGGUCCGUCAUGGCUCUGCCGGUGUGCAAAAUGAGUCAUUGGAUCAGUACGCCGCAUGGUUCUAG